GCUUGGCCGAAAUAGCCAGGCAGCGCGUCGUCGGUGGUUGGAGUACUUCCCAUCCGGCUCGGAUGGAGCAAGCCAAGUCGCUCCGCCCGACGACGUUAGCGCCGCUCGCGGUCGCUCUUCCGGAGAAAGGCCACGUUGGCCUCCCGGACGAGCAGCCGCGAUUGCGCCGGCCGCCCAAACCCCGGGCGGACCCUCCACCGGCGACAACGUACUUUCGCUGGAACCUCGACCAAGUCGAAGAGAAGUUGCGGGCGAAAAUUCAGGAGCGUACCGAGCUCCGUGGCAACUUUAUCUACCAGCAAGCCUUCCGCCUCCUCGAGAAGAACCGAGGCCACGGCAUUGACUUGACGUCGUUCAAAGAUACGAUGGUCAACAAGCUCGGGCUCACGCUCAUCGACGCCGAGUUUGAGCACCUCUUUGCCAAGUACGAUACGGACAAGAACGGCCGCAUCGACAUUUACGAGUUCAUUCACCACGUGUUGCCCCACGACUAUGGCGAGCGCACGUCGUGGAUCGAGCUCAGCGACGAGCGCAUGGCGGCCGAGCGACGUCGUGCGAACGAACAAGACCGCGCGAGCUACCUCGCCGGUCGGUUCCUCUCCAACCACGACGCGAACGAGCGUCGACCGGCGUGGACGUUGCACGAGAUGCGCCUCCAGAUUUACAAAAAGCUGCACGAAAAAACCCCAAAAGGCGUCGACCAGACGCGACAGGCAUUCCAGUUGUUGCAGCGCGGCACGAAUGCGGCCGUCACACUUGUCGACCUUCGACAGACGAUCAAAGAUGUUUUGUGCAUCGCACUCACCGAGGCCCAGAUGCACGAACUCUUGAAGCCCUUCAACCGCGGUGGCAUCGUCGACGUGCGUGGGUUUGUACAGUCGGUCAUGAAGACCGACUGCCCCCACGACAGCAAUGUGCCGAAUGGCUUGUUCACGGAGCAGUCUCCAGAGAAGGAGCCGCUCUCAGGUCGCCGCCAUGUCGACCCAAAGAAGCAGCGAGCAAAAACGAGCGACUCUUUUCUCGUGUCGAGCAAGCGUGUGCAGGGAUACAACAAGGCCAAAGGCAUUGCACCGAAACCGUACCCCCGCCACCGCCACCGCCACAACAGCAACGAAAACAGCAGCCACCUCAAAGCGACCAAGACGACGGUGCAGUUCACGCUCUCGCCCGACAAGAUACCCAUGGCGCGUCCAGGCUCGGCCGCGCCGCGCCAGAGCCUCGCGGACCUCGCGACGCCGGACCGGCGCGAAUUUCACUUUCGCCCGCCCACCGCCGCAGUGAAAACAAUGGACUUUGUGACACCGGCCGCCGCCAAGCUCUCGCCGGCCAAGGUCGAGGCGAGCAGUAGCAGUAGCAACCUGCUGCAGCGUCGGCCGAAAUCGUCGGGUCGCAACCACCUCGUGAGUCCCUUCUCGCCCAUCAAGCGCCCCGAGUCGCCCAAGGUGAAUGCAUUCCAGCGCCUGCCGAUUCCGCCGCGGCCGGCGACGCCUCUAGCGACAGACGCCAGUCGCGUAGCUACACUGGGUGGUGACGAUGCUGCGCUGGAGGAUGCCAAGUCGACCAGCGAAGCUAGCGUCGACGGCGUCGACGAGGGCGAUGCGACGGUGGAGACCGGACUGACGACACUCUCGGUCACCGAUGACGUGACGCCAACGACGCCGCGAAGACGGCCGACGACCCCGCGCCAACCGCUAUUCGAAGAGUUCGAGCCGUUGGCGCCGCCGCGCAUCUCGCAGGUCCACCAGCGGCAGCAGACGGCGACCGCGUACAAGUCGAUGAAACCCAACUUUCGUAUCUCCGAAAGUACAUUUUGCUGCCGCUAACCCCCGAUGGAUGUGAAUUCACUGUGCUUUGUCAACGUUGUCGA